AUGGAAUUAUGGUUCUUCUAUCUUCUUGCAUUAAUUCCUUUCUGUAUAUUUUUUCAAACCCUUCUCAAAUUCAUCUACAACAAGAGGUUACCACCAAGCCCUCCUACCAUACCCAUCUUAGGCAACAUAUUUUGGCUCCUCAAAUCGUCCAAAAAUUUUGCUGAUCUUGAGCCUAUCCUUCGCUCUUUACGUUCCAAGUAUGGUAACAUUGUUACCAUUCACAUUGGCUCUACACCUGCCAUUUUCAUAACAUCUCAUGAAGCUGCUCAUCGAGCACUUGUUAAAAAUGGCACUAUCUUUGCUGGUCGUCCCUUGGCUCUUGAAACCAUCCAAGUCUUUUUCCCUAACCAAUACACCAUCACUACGUCUCCAUACGGUUCCAAUUGGCGGUUUUUGCGCCAAAAUUUAAUGCAUGUAAUUCAACCUUCUCGGUUAGACUCAUAUUCCCAUUGUCGUAAGUGGGCAUUGAAUAUAUUCAAGAAACAUCUUUUGGCUGAUAUUGAAUUAAACAAUAAGGCUGUACCAAUUGAUGAUCAUUUUAAUUUUGCAUUGUAUGUUUUACUUUCAUAUAUAUGUUUUGGAGAAAAACUUGAUGAGAAGAUUGUAAAAAAUAUUCAAAGGGUACAGCAUAGUUUUAUCCACAAUUUCAUUAGGUUCAAUGUGUUGAAUUUUGUACCCGUCUUGUCCAAGAUUGUGUUUAGAAGAUUAUGGAGAGAGAUCUUGGAAAUUCGUCAAAAUCAAGUGAAUGUCUUCCUCCCCAUCAUAAAAGCACGCCAUGAGAAAAUGAAAAACAAAGUUGGUAUUGAAGAUGACAAUGAAACAAAGUUUAAGGCUUAUGUAGAUACCCUUUUUGAUAUGAAACUCCCAAGUAAUGGAAGCAAGCUAACAGAUGAAGAGUUGGUGAGUUUGUGUUCCGAGUUUAUGUUAGGUGGCACAGACACAACAGUUGCUACAUGGUUAUGGACCAUGGCGAACUUAGUGAAGUACCAAAACAUACAAGAGAAAUUGCUUGAUGAAAUUAAGGAUGUUGUGAAACCUAAUGAAGUCAUUAUUGAAGAGGAACAUUUGAAAAACAUGCCUUAUUUAAAGGCUGUGGUGUUAGAGACCUUACGAAGACACCCACCGGGUCAUUUUAUAUUGCCUAGGGCAGUUACACAAGAUACUAUUAUGGAUGGUUAUGACAUACCCAAAAAUGCAAUAGUGAAUUUUCUUGUAGCUGAAUUUGGGUGGGAUCCAAAUGUGUGGGAAGAUCCAAUGGAGUUUAAACCUGAAAGGUUUUUGAGGUGCAAUGAAGGAGAUGCUAAAUUUGAUCUAAAAGGAAAUGCAAAAAUUAAAAUGAUGCCUUUUGGUGCAGGAAGGAGAGUUUGUCCAGCAAUUAGUAUGGCUAUGCUUCACCUUGAGUACUUUGUGGCCAAUUUGGUGAGGGAUUUUAAAUGGACACUUGAAAAUGGGUGUGAAGUUGACAUGAGUGAGAAACAAGCUUUCACUAUAGUAAUGAAGAAUCCAUUGAAGCCAUGUGUAUCUCCAAGAAACACUUGA